AUGUCUCGCUGGCUUUUCCCCUGGUCAGGCUCAAUCAAGAAGCGGGCCUGUCGGUACCUCUUACAGCAUUACCUCGGUCACUUCUUGCAAGAACGACUGAGUUUGGAACAGCUGAGUUUGGACCUGUACAAUGGUAGUGGUGUCAUCAAAGAAAUCAACAUCGAUGUUUGGGUGAGUUAGUCAAAGUAGUAAGGCAGUUUAACUGUCAAGGAACAACUGGUCCCCUUUGUGUGUUCCCAUGCACCCCGACCCUCAACUAUUUAUUUCGCAAUUUCAGGACUUGAGUCAACAAUCAUCGUCAUAUCCUCGCUUCUCGUGAGUUCAAGGAACAACAGUUCCGAUAAAUAUUUUUGUUAGCAUCUGAUUGGAAAAUAACUCGCCUAAUCCAUUGUCCCUGCAGUUCCGUUGAAAUAUACUGUAUAUGACUUAGAUCUCGCAAACUCACUCACUUUCAAUCUGCACAUCAGACAAAACCGUUGCCCGACGCCAUUUCCACAAGUUGUUUAUUGUAAAACAUGGUGUUUCUUUUUCAAACAUCAUCUUCCACUCAUCUCUAUUCAUUUCUCAUCGCCCAUUUCCUUCCUUCCUCCCCUCCCCCCAGGCGGUCAACGAGCUAUUGGAAUCUCUUGGGGCUCCAUUUGAGAUUGUGGAUGGGUUUGUGAGCAACAUAGAGGUGACAAUUCCAUGGUCAGCUCUUGUCACCGACCACUGCACCCUCGUCAUCUCAGGCCUUCAGAUAACAUGCAGACCCAAGUACAGGACCAGUAAGUCUCAGCCUGACAGCCACUCUGCCUGACGAAUGAGUUCUUUGUUGUUACCUUGUUAUUGAUUCAGCUCCUGUUCCUGUCACUGCCUCAGGCCUGUCAGUUUCAGGAAGGAAGUUGUGGUAACCAUUGAUUAGCUAGCUACCUUUAGAAUGUCAUUGUCAACAAAGACAAAUACAGUUGUCUAGUACUAGCUAACUCUUUGUUGUAAACCAAUGUCAGAGCUCAAGAGAAGACAUAUUACACUAUCCCAGGCUCAACAUUUUUCAGAGCCAGCUGCAAACCAAUUAACAGAUGACUAUGUUGCUCAGUGAUACAGUUCAGUAUGUUCAUGAGUCAUCACUUAUCAUUUAUUACAGUCACUGAAUCAUGCCUUGUUUUUGUUUACGUGUAGGUGGGGGUUUGGACUCCCAGGGCUGGUCCACAUGCAUGACCUCCAGCAUGCAGCUGGCCCAGGAGUGCCUAAAGGACCCACCUGAGGCGUCAGAGGAGCCGCCUGCUCCACUGGAGGGCCUGGAGAUGUUUGCACAAACUAUUGAGACGGGUGAGUCACUGUGUAGGCCUUGUUUGCAUGUGUGCGUGGCAGUGAAAAGCGUGCACCUGUUUUAAAGUUGUCAUUAUUGUACCUGUACUGUCCCCUGUGGUUGGUUAUAGUGCAUUCUGAAGAUAACAUAUUUUUCAGUCAUUUUCAAACUGUGUCAGUCGUGUACUGUCCAGUCCAAGCUUGUGAGAUAAGGACUCAAAUCACAUCACUGGUGUCCCUUGUUAGUGUCUUUGUGACCAAUAUGCUUAGUGAUAAUGAAUGUCCCUGUUUGUGUUUUGCUGCAGUCCUGCGUCGGAUAAAAGUCACCCUCCUGGACACAAUAAUCCGAAUAGAGCACCAGCCCCUGGACAUGGAGACGGGCAUUGCCUUAGAGGUGCACAUCAAACGGUAUUUUGGUUCUCACCGCACUGACACUCUCACACUGCCUGUGGUGGUCCGUCCACCUUUGACCAGUUUAGAAGUCAGGAAGGAAACGAGAUGAGGAAACACUUGAGGCAAACCUGCAGUGCCAAACUGUCUCUGGAUUUGUCUGUAGAUCCAAAGAGAACCUUUGAACCUCGGAGAAGCUUCACUAUCUUUGGUAGAGCUUGUAUGUGUGUAUGGUGGGUGUUUUGGCUGAGGUUGAAGGUUAUACAGCGUUGUUGUGCUGAGUGUUCUUCUCUGCCCCCGGUGGCUGUGUGGUGCGCUGCAGGCUGGAGUACUGUGACGAGGCGGUGAGGGACCCCAGUCAGACAGUGCCUGUAGACAUCCACCAGCCCCCUGCCUUCCUGCACAAGAUCCUCCAGCUCAGCUCUGUUCAACUGCUGUACGAGACCACUGGAGGGCCCCAGGUAGCACACUGUUUCACAUUGACCAUGGCACAUAUCAAUCCCCUCAUGUACACACAGUCACUCUCACAUGCAUAUACUCACAUGCAUAUACUCUCAUAUUGGGUCCCAAUAUAACACACACCUCUUAUAGAGACUAAAUACUAACUUAGAAACUACUCACAUACUCUCAUACAGUAUUUCCUCUCACUCUCCCCCUAGUUUGAGAGGCAAAAUGAGACUAGGGGCUGAUUGGAUAAGAGCGUCUGCUAAAUGACUUAAAUGUAAAUAGACUGUACCAACCAGUGGUGCUAAGGGUUAACCCUGGUAAUAUUUCUCUCCUCCUCAGGGUCCUUUAAGAGCUGACACCCCUGGCUCAGCCUCAGCCAGCGAAGAGGAGGAGGUAGGUGAUGAGGAGGACGAUGACUCUCCAGUCGCCCCCACCUCCCCCCCUCCGGCCACCCAGCAGCCCCUCCUCAUCGGCAGCUGUUCCGGCUUCAUGGAGACCACAGUCAAGAUCAAACAGAACGACAUGCUGCCUGGACCUAAGGUGUGUGUUUGUCUGUGGUUUGGUUCAGUUCCUUCCUGUGUGUUUAACCUAGAUUUUAAGAACACUGUCUUGUUUUGUCACUAUUAUUCCAACCAUUUUCUCCUUAUCUUUCAGUUGGAGCUGGAUGGGAAGGUGGGCUUCCUUCACCUGCUGCUCUCUCCAGACCAGAUCACUCACCUGACCGACCUUCUAUCUGCCCUCUGCAUCGACACAGGUGAGUAAAGAAACUGGUUACCUGUACCUCCCCACCUGCAUUCCACCUACACUGAGUAUACAAAACAUGCUCUUUCCAUGACAUAGACUGAUGAGGUGAAUCCAGGUGAAAGCUGUGAUCACUUAUUGAUGUCACCUGUUAAAUCCACUUCAAUCAGUGUAGAUGAAGGGGAAGAGACAAAUUAAGGAAGGAUUUCUAAGCCUUGAGACAUUGAUUGAUUGUGUGUGUGUGUGUGUGUGUGUGCUAUUCAGAGGGUGAAUGGGCAAGACAAAAAAUGUAGGUGCCUUUAAGCGAGGUAUGGUAGUAGGUGCCAGGCGCACCGGUUUGUGUCAAGAACUGCAACGCUGCUGGGUCUUUCACACUCAACAGUUUCCCGUGUGUGUCAAGAAUGGUCCACCACCAAAAGGACAUCCAGCUAACUGGACACAACUGUGGGAAGCAUUGGAGUCAACAUGGGCCAGCAUCCCUGUGGAACGCUUUCGACACCUUGUAGAGUCCAUGCCCUAACAAAUUGAUGCUGUUCUGAGGGCAAAGGGGGGGUGCAACUUAAUAUUAGGAAGGUGUUCUUAAUGUUUUGUACACUCAGUGUAUGUGUCUUAGUUCCACAUCCUUAUUUCAUUGACAGUGGAACAAAACUCACUUAAUUGAACACACUUUAUUUGGAUCCACAGUUCAGUGUAUUUUAACCAUGCUCAUCAUCAUACACACUGUGUACUGCAGACCCUGUAUGAUUCCUCCCUGUCUAUCCUACCAGAGCCUGAGGCCAGUGGUGCUGGGGUUCACAGCCGUCCCCUGGACUCUGAGGACCUGCGUCUGAUAGAGGAGGACUUGAGCAAACAGUUGAGCUCCAGCCCCGGAGAUGGAGAUCCGGACUGGGACGACGAGCCUGACAUGGAGCCCUACCUCACCGGUCUGGAGAACGGGGGUAUGUGGAGGGCAGCCAAAGUUGGAAUGCAAUAUGGAGGCUAGUGAAUUUGAGGUGACAGGGGUCACAUUGGCUUUGUGGUGACACAGUCUGCAGGACACAUGUACAGUAGUUUGCUGCUGCAUAAUUUGCAUUCUUGACAUUUCUGUGAGAGAUUGGUUGAAGUAGACAUGUGAAGCAUAGUGCACAUUGUCUCUGUGUUUAAUCACUCACUCACUCACUCACUCACUCACUCACUCACUCACUCUCUCACUCUCUCGCUCAGAUAUGUUCUUCUCCAUGGGUCCUGGUAUGACCAGCAGUGUGACGUCAGCGCGCUCUGGCAGCUCUCUCUCUGACAGCAUGGCGUCGUCUACACACAGCCAGGCUAGCUACGCCCAGGGCCUACCACAGGGUCCCAGGCGUUAUCCUGUACCAGGAACACUAUCCAGCCUGCCCCAGUGUAGCAGAAUACCAGGUAACACUCACAUCUUACUCACACUGUCUUGUGCACAUUUCACAGGUAACAAAAACUAUAUUAUACAACCUAUCUUAUUAACCCCUCCUCUUCCAGGGCGAAGUAGCCAAUCAGAGCCCCUGAAACCAGAGGCAUUGCUCCGCCUCUCGAUUGGCGGGCUCACCCUAACCUUACUGGAGCAGGACCCGACCCCCGGGCCGGAUGGAGUGUCCUCAUUGACCCAGGUGUCUCGAGUGUUCUUCCGGGAGCUGGCCUUCUUCAAAGACAGUAUGUUCAGCGAGAGAGACUUCCACCACCUCAGAGCUAGCUUCGCUAAAGCCUGCCCCCACUCACAUCUCAGGUACAAACACACAAUAGCCUCUUCAACGUUGGCCGCCACUCCUCAGAUAAAUCAACAAACCUGCCUGCCCUACAUAUCAAUAAAUCAUAUUUUCUCUCUCUCUCUCUCCCUCUCUCUCUCAGGAUGACUGGAGCAGCGGUACAGGUGGCGUGUGAGAUGCGCAGUGCAGGUCGCCACUCCCGUGCUGUGACCUCUGACCUAUCCUUCAGUAGGCUAGAGCUACUUGAGUGCCUCUGGGAGCCAGGAAAUCCCCAAUACACUGAGGUAGGACAGGGGCUGUUAUUUGAGAUUGUCUGAGGGCUUUAACACAACAUUCAUCAUAAUACAGUGUGCUAUAGCAGGGGAUAGCAUUGCCCAGGAUAUAACUCUUCCCUCCCUCUCUCCUUCCUCACUCUCUUCGCUCCCACUCCUCAUUCCUCUUUUCUCCCUCUCUAGUUGCUCCAGUUCCAGCGUGCUGGGAUGUUCACAGUGGGAGCUACAGCCAGACCCUGUGCACAGCUACACUACAGUCUCACAGAGAAACACCUGCGCAAGGUAAACCAGGACAGUGUGUAUGUUGUGUGUUGGCCUGCGUGUUUGUGUCAGUUGAACAUGUUCAAAAGCUAAUAUGUCAUUGAUUCAGUCUGUUUUGGUCGCCUCUGUUAACCUGCUACCCCCUCCUCCUGAUAUGUCGCUGUAUUGCAGGGGAGGCAGCGUGUGGUGCGUAGAGACAGUGUAGUGAGGGUAGAGUUGGGAGAGCUGAGUGCUGAGUUGGACCUGGACAUUCUGAGUCGACUGGAACCUCUGAGCAGAGCCUGCAGCCACUGUCCCACACAGACAGGAGGAGGACCCGUACACACACAGGUAAACACUUAGCAAGCCAUCAGCUGCUAAGAGGAGCAUUUUGAUAAUGGUUGAUAAUGAUUUUGAUAUGCCUGCCUCACAAUUGAAGUUAAAUUGCAGGUUUGCUUUAUGUUUAGAUUCUUUAUUUUAAAAUUCUCCCCUCUUUUUUUCCUCUCCUCUUCCUCUUCCAUCCCUCUCUCAGACCCAGAGCAGUGAGCUGCACUCCUCUCUCUCCCUCCUCUCGCCCCACGCCGUCCUCAAGCUCCGCUUCCCCAUCCCGGACCUCCGGCCGCUCCCCUUCCGACGCCCACUUUCCCAGAGAGCCAUGCGGGAGGAGACCCUGGUGCUGGAGCUGUUUGACCUGGAUAUCUGCUCCCAGGAGGGCCCUGACCUCCAGCCAGAUCCCCAUGCACCCCCUGCCCCCCCCCACGGCUCCCUCACACAGCUAUUGGAGGCCAGCUUCAGUGACAUGCACGGUGAGGAAUGCACACACAGUCAAAUAUACAUACACACACAGUAACACUCACAUUUUAAGCAAUUGUUUGUUCAUUGUCUCUCUCAGGAACAUAUGAGGGCUGGGAAGGAGGCUCCUUCCCCUGUAUCAGAGUCCAGAAGAGUCAAGACUCCAUGGCCAAGUGAGUGUGUUUCUGGAACAUGUGUUUUAGGAGAGUUUGUUUCACUUGCUGUGCUACUUGGAUUGAAUGUCUUUCAGAACUCAACAUUGCACAUCAAUCUACUGUACACCAAGUUCACAGCUGCAUAGUUUACAUCUCCCUCCCUCUCUCCAGGCUGUCAGUGCGUGUGAGUGGAGGAGAGGGUCUGGGGUCAGCAUUAGGAGGAGUAGGGAUGGGUCUGAUGAGGGACCUGGGGUCCAUGUCGUUUGAGAACCCCUGUGAACUUCCGAGAGAAGACCAGCUCCCCCUUCUCCUCCAACCGCACCAUGUUCGAGACUGAGGAGGUACCGCACCAUCCCAUCACAAACACUUACAUCCCUCUCUCACCCCUGACCGUCCCUAUGCAUGUCAAUCUCUCCUGGCUCAAAGUGGAGGAGAGAUUGACUUCAUUACUUGUUUUUGUAAGAAGUGUUGACAAGCUGAAUGCACCGAGCUGUCUGUUUAAACUACUAGCACAAAGCUCGGAAACCCAUGCAUACCCCACAAGACAUGCCACCAAAGGUCUCUUCACAAUCCCCAAGUCCAGAACAGACUAUGGGAGGCGCACAGUACUACUUAGAGCCAUGACUACAUGGAACUCUAUUCCACAUCAGAUAACUGAUGCAAGCAGUAGAAUCAGAUUUAGAAAACAGAUAAAAAUACACCUUAUUGAACAGCGGGGACUGUGAAGAGACACACACAUACUCACACAUUCGCUAGCACACACAAUCUACACACACGUACAUUGUAAUGUUGUUGUAUGGUGGUAUUUUACAUGUUGUAUUGUAGAUAUGUAGUGGUGUAAUAAUAUAUUUAUAUGAUGUACUGUUUUAUAUGUUGUUUUAUGUGUAAUGUAAGUGCCUUAAUGUGUUUGGACCCCAGGAAGAGUAACUGCUGCCUUGGCAGAACUAAUGGGGAUCCAUAAUAAACUCCAGGAAGUGUAGCUGCUGCCUUGGCAGAACUAAUGGGGAUCCAUAAUAAACUCCAGGAAGAGUAGCUGCUGCCUUGGCAGAACUAAUGGGGAUCCAUAAUAAACCCCAGGAAGAGUAGCUGCUGCCUUGGCAGAACUAAUGGGGAUCCUUAAUAAACCCCAGGAAGAGUAGCUGCUGCCUUGGCAGAACUAAUGGGGAUCCAUAAUAAACCCCAGGAAGAGUAGCUGCUGCCUUAGCAGAACUAAUGGGGAUCCAUAAUAAACCCCAGGAAGAGUAGCUGCUGCCUUGGCAGAACUAAUGGGGAUCCAUAAUAAACCCCAGGAAGAGUCUGAGGAGACUGAGGAGGUAUCAUCCCAUCACAAACACCUACACUCGUCACUCAAUCCUGACCAUGCGUCUCUCACUCCUGACCAUCCAUCCCUCUCUGGACCAAUUGUCAGUUUUUCACCUACACUCAAUCACCUUACCAUCCCUCUCUCACAUAUAAUCUCACACUUCCUGAAGAUGUGUUUUUAUUUGACCCACUUUCCUCAUUCUCCCUCUCAUCCUUCUGUCCUGUCUCUCUACUUCCCCCUCAGAUGGUGAUCCCAGCAGACCCAGAGGGGAUGCAGCAGUUCCAGUCUCAGUGUGUCUCUCAGUGUCAGUGUGUAGUAGACAUCUUUCUGCCCCUGGCCUACAUCUUCCUGCCCAGCAAACAGGCCUUCCAGAGCGUCUACAACAGGUCUGUGUGUCUGUCUGUCUCUCUUUUUCUGCUAGUUUGCUUAUUUGUACAAAAAAAGUAUUAAAUUGUAUGCACUCACUACUAUAAGUCUCUCUGGAUAAGAGCGUCUGCUAAAUGACUCACUACUGUAAGUCUGUCUGGAUAAGAGCGUCUGCUAAAUGACUCACUACUGUAAGUCUCUCUGGAUAAGAGCGUCUGCUAAAUGACUCACUACUGUAAGUCUGUCUGGAUAAGAGCGUCUGCUAAAUGACUCACUACUGUAAGUCUGUCUGGAUAAGAGCGUCUGCUAAAUGACUCACUACUGUAAGUCUCUCUGGAUAAGAGCGUCUGCUAAAUGACUCACUACUGUAAGUCUCUCUGGAUAAGAGCGUCUGCUAAAUGACUCACUACUGUAAGUCUCUCUGGAUAAGAGCGUCUGCUAAAUGACUCACUACUGUAAGUCUGUCUGGAUAAGAGCGUCUGCUAAAUGACUCACUACUGUAAGUCUGUCUGGAUAAGAGCGUCUGCUAAAUGACUCACUACUGUAAGUCUCUCUGGAUAAGAGCAUCUGCAAAUGACUAACAUGUCAAUGUAAACAUUUUACAAUCACUCACUUCCUCUUUUUCUGUCCUUUCCCUCUGUCCUCCUCUCUCCCUCUCCAUCCCUGUAGGAUCAAUAAUGACCUGUUGAUGUGGGAAGCCCCUCCCCCCUCAGACCCUAAGAGCGACCACAGCCCCCAACACCGUCGCCAAGAUGAUGACAACUUCCAGCUUUGCAAGUCUGCAUUCAGACUAGGUGAGACCCCCAUACUUGUAGAGACUUGUAAACCACUUCAGACUGGUCAGACAUUCAGAAUUGGAUAAUCUCUGGGUAGCAUCUUGUUAACAUCUUUAGUCUAUUUAAAGCUCUGAUUUAAGAUGGCUUGCCAAGUGGUAUGUGUUGAGCAACUCUUUAGUCUGCACCCCUGCAGACCAUCUGAAAUGUGUAGUUGCUGGUUGCUCAGCAGUUCUAUAACUGGGAUAUUUCUGGUCUCUCAGACUCAGACUCCGAGGAGGAAGAUGCUCAGUUCUACACAGCCAGUGAAUCAACCAGACGCAGGCAGUCAGAGCCCCGCCCUAACCACGCCCUCAGCCUGCUCUCCCUCACCGUUGUCAUAGGAAAGGGCCGCCUCCAAGCCAUGACGGACAGCAAGGUGAGCCAUUGAUGAACCAGCUACAUCUUACAAUGGUUAGCUAGGGAAAUAGACUGGAGAGAUUUUGGAUCCUGUUUCAAAUCCUGACUGGACCUUAAUGCUUGAAUGAGCGAUAUUAGAGCAAACAGACAUUUCAUUUGAAUUCAAUAGUUUGGAAUUUGUAUUACACAAAUUGAAUGAUUUAAUGUAUAUAUACAAUGACGCUUCUAAGGAAGACACUUGUUUAAAUAAAUCGUUUUAUUUUUCUCGUCUCCUUCAGGGAGAGACAGGAAGUCAGGAGGACCGGUGUCAUGGGGAGCUCCUGUUGGACCUGGAAGGGGGGAAGAUGUUCAGCGUGGCGCAGCAUCAGAACAAUCCCCAUCUCAGCUUCCUGUGCCUGGAGAGCAGGAGGGUGGAACUUUACCACAAAGGUGAGUGGAAUGACUCUGUGAUAUCAGGGUUUAGCUCUGGGAGUACUACCUACCUAGUCAUUUGUAAAAGUGUGAUAAUCCAUGUGUUAUCAUGUACAGUGCCUUGCAAAAGAAUUCAUCCCCCUUGGCGUUUUUCCUGUUUUGUUGCGUUACAACCUGUCAUUUAAAUGGAUUUUAUUUGGAUUUCAUGUAAUGGACAUACAAAAAAUAGUCCAAAUUGGUGAGGUGAAAUGAAAAAAAUAACUCGUUUCAAAAAAUAAAUAACGGAAAAGUGGUGCGUGCAUAUGUAUUCACCCCCUUUGCUAUGAAGCCCCUAAUUUAAUUCUGAAAUUAGCCCACCCAACUACCUCAUCCCCAAAUUGUUAUUUAUUUUGCUAAUUUGCACCCCAGUAUCUCUAUUUGCACCCCAGUAUCUCUAUUUGCACAUCAUCUUUUGCACAUCUAUCAUUCCAGUGUUAAUACGAAAUUGUAACUAUUUUUCACUAUGGCCUAUUUAUUGCCUUACCUCCAUAACUUACUACAUUCGCACACACUGUAUAUAUAUUUUCUGUUUGUAUUUUUGACUUUAUGUUUUGUUUACCCCAUAUGUAACUGUUGUUGUUUUUAUUGCAAUGCUUUGCUUUACCUUGGCCAGGUCGCAGUUGUAAAUGAGAACUUGUUCUCAACUGGCUUACCUGGUUAAAUAAAGGUGAAAUAAAUAAAAUAAAAAAGCCGUACACUCCACAGAGCUGGGCUUUACGGAAGUGUGGCCAGAAAAAAGCAAUUUCUUAAAGAAAAAAAUAAGCAAACAUGUUUGGUGUUUGCCGAAAGCCAUGUGAGAGACUCCCCAAACAUAUGGAAGAAGGUACUCUGGUCAGAUGAGACUAAAAUUGAGCUUUCUGGCCAUCAAGGAAAAUGCUAUGUCUGGCGCAAACCCAACACCUCUCAUCACCCCGAGAACACCAUCCCCACAGUGAAGCAUGAUGGUGGCAGCAUCAUGCUGUGGGGAUGUUUUUCAUCGGCAGGGACUGGGAAACUGGUCAGAAUUGAAAGAAUGAUGGAUGGCGCUAAAUACAGGGAAAUCCUUGAGGGAAACCUGUUUCAGUCUUCCAGAGAUUUGAGACUGGGAUGGAGGUUCACCUUCCAGCAGGUCAAUGACCCUAAGCAUACUGCUUAAGCAACACUUGAUGGUUUAAGGGGAAACAUUUCAAUGUCUUGGAAUGGCCUAGUCAAAGCCCAGACCUCAAUCUAAUUGAGAAUCUGUGGUAUGACUUAAAGAUUGCUGUACACCAGUGGAACCCAUCCAACUUGAAGGAGCUGGAGCAGUUUUGCCUUGAAUAAUGGGCAAAAAUCCCAGUGGCUAGAUGUGCCAAGCUUAUAGAGACAUACCCCAAGAGACUUGCAGCUGUAAUUGCUGCAAAAGGUGGCUCUACAAAGUAUUGACUUUGGGGGGGGGGGGGAUUAUGCACGCUCAAGUUCCUUUUUUUGGUCUUAUUUCAUGUUUGUUUCACAAUUUAAAAAAAUAUUUUGCAUCUUCAAAGUGGUAGGCAUGUUGUGUAAAUCAAAUGAUACAAACCCCCACAAAAUCCAUUUUAAUUCCAGGUUGAAAGGCAACAAAAUAGGAAAAAUGCCAAGGGGGGUUAAUACUUUCGCAAGCCACUGUAUAUUUUAGUCAUGAGCUAAAUGACUGACAGCCCUUACCUCUUUCCUUUCUGGUCACUAACCCUUUUCCUCCCCCUCACAGCUGUAGUGAAAGACUCUCCCGUCCCCGUGCGGUUGGAAAUGCCCAGCUUCACUCCCCCAGGGCAUCUAGACCUUACCAUUUACCCCACAGAGGUGGGGGUGAGCAGUGUGAGUGGUAGGGAGACUGAGGUCCAGAUGUUAUCCACAGCCAUCAAAAUCACCCUGGACCCUCAGAGAAACGUCAAGGUAACACGUGUAUCUUCUCAUUUAUUAUUUGAAUUAAAUAUCACCUUUUGAUUGUGCUUGUAGGUUAGCUGUGCUUAUGAUGAAGAAAUAUCACUAACUUAAUUCUGUGUUUGUGUAUUUUACAGGAGUUCCUGGUUGCCCUUCGUCUCCAUGGCGCCACUAUGCGACAUCGCAUGGCACAGACCAAUCACAGCUGGCACGAACAGGUAUGGGGGAUACUAAUAAAUACUAAAGCUGAGACGCUUCAGGCACCUAUCAUGAUUUGACUGUGUGGGUGUGUGUUUGGUUAGUGAGUCUUGUUGAUUAGUCUGUUUUCUUGAUGACAGCUGGUUGAUUUUCUGGAUGUCAUUGAUGACCCGAUCCUGGGCUACACAUCUCCUGCAGUUAUUACCGUCCUACACACACACCUGGCCACCUGCGCCAUGGACUACAGGUAUACAUACACAGCAGAUUUACAUAUGUGGACAAAGGCAGAUAAUAAAUAAUUAACAAACUUCUCCCUUCUCUCCCCUUCUUUGUUGCUCUCUGUCUCUCAGGCCCCUGUAUCUUCCAUUGAGGGUGUUGUUCACAGCAGAAUCCUUCUCUCUCUCCAGUAACAUCAUCGUAGACACUGCCACCUUUCACCUCAGGUACAGUGAACCUCAAAAGAUGAGUUCUUCCUUUUAGUUCAGGGAUGGGCAACUGGCGCCCCCCCUUUUUGUAGGCCCGCGGACCAAUUAAAAAUAAAUAAUUAUAAUCUAUAUUUUUUGGAACUCAGUCGGGGUCUCAACUUACUGUUGAGAGUUAGAAUAAUAGAAUACACAAGGUUAUCUGCAAACAUUUGCCUCCACCCUAUAGUAUUGCUCGCCUGAGGUAGAGUACCUCACGAUAAGCUGUAGACCACACUAUCUACCAAGAGAGUUUUCAUCUAUAGUUUUCAUAGCCUAUUUACCACCACAAACCAAUGCUGGCACUAAGACCACACUCAACGAGCUGUAUAAGGCCAUAAGCAAACAAGAAAAUGCUCAUCCAGAAGCGGCACUCCUAGUGGCCGGGGACUUUAAUGCAGGCAAACUUAAAUCCGUUUUACCUCAUUUCUACCAGCAUGUCACAUGUGCAACCAAAAGUAAAUAAACUCUAGACCACCUUUACUCCACACACAGAGACCAUUACAAAGCUCUCCCUCGCCCUCCAUUUGGCAAAUCUGACCAUAAUUCUAUCCUCCUGAUUCCUGCUUACAAACAAAAACUAAAGCAGGAAGUACCUGUGACUUGCUCAAUACGGAAGUGGUCAGAUGACGUGGGUACUAUGCUACAGGACUGUUUUGCUAGCACAGACUGUAAUAUGUUCCGGGAUUCAUCCAAUGGCAUUGAGGAGUAUACCACCUCAGUCACCGGCUUCAUCAAUAAAUGCAUUGACACCGUCGUCCACACAGUGAUCGUACGUACAUAUCCCAACCAGAAACUAUGGAUUACAGGCAACAUCCGAGCUAAAGGCUAGAGCUGCCGCUUUCAAGGAGCGUGACACUAAUCUGGACGCUUAUAAGAAAUCCCGCUAUGCCCUCAGACGAACCAUAAAACAGGCAAAGCGUCAAUACAGGACUAAGAUUGAAUUCUACUAAACCGGCUCUGAUGCUCGUCGGAUGUGGCAGGGCUUGCAAACUAUUACAGACUACAAAGGGAAACCCAGCCGCGAGCUGCCCAGUGACGCAAGCCUACCAGAUGAGCUAAAUACCUUUUAUGCUCGCUUCGAGGCAAGCAACACUGAAGCAUGCAUGAGAGCACCAGCUGUUCCGGAUGACUGUGUGAUCAUGCUCUCCGUAACCGAUGUGAGCAAGACCUUUAAACAGGUCAACAUUCACAAAGCCACAGGGCCAGACGGAUUACCAGAACGUGUACUCGGAGCAUGUGCGGACCAACUGGCAAGUGUCUUCACUGACAUUUUCAACCUCUCCCUGACCGAGUCUGUAAUACCUACAGUGAGCGAAAAAAGUAUUUGAUCCCCUGCUGAUUUUGUACGUUUGCCCACUGACAAAGAAAUGAUCAGUCUAUAAUUGUAAUGGUAGGUUUAUUUGAACAGUGAGAGACAGAAUAACAACAAAAAAAUCCAGAAAAACGCAUGUCAAAAAUGUUAUACAUUGAUUUGCAUUUUAAUGAGGGAAAUAAGUAUUUGACCCCCUCUCAAUCAGAAAGAUUUCUGGCUCCCAGGUGUCUUUUAUACAGGUAACGAGCUGAGAUUAGGAGCACACUCUUAAAGGGAGUGCUCCUAUUCUCAGCUUGUUACCUGUAUAAAAGACACCUGUCCAUAGAAGCAAGCAAUCAAUCAAUCUGAUUCCAAACUCUCCACCAUGGCCAAGACCAAAGAGCUCUCCAAGGAUGUCAGGGACAAGAUUGUAGACCUACACAAGGCUGGAAUGGGCUACAAGACCAUCGGCAAGCAGCUUGGUGAGAAGGUGACAACAGUUGGUGCGAUUAUUCGCAAAUGGAAGAAACACAAAAGAACUGUCAAUCUCCCUCGGCCUGGGGCUCCAUGCAAGAUCUCACCUCGUGGAGUUGCAAUGAUCAUGAGAACGGUGAGGAAUCAGCCCAGAACUACACGGGAGGAUCUUGUCAAUGAUCUCAAGGCAGCUGGGACCAUAGUCGCAAAGAAAACAAUUGGUAACACACUACGCCGUGAAGGACUGAAAUCCUGCAGCGCCCGCAAGGUCCCCCUGCUCAAGAAAGCACAUAUACAGGCCCGUCUGAAGUUUGCCAAUGAACAUCUGAAUGAUUCAGAGGAGAACUGGGUGAAAGUGUUGUGGUCAGAUGAGACCAAAAUCGAGCUCUUUGGCAUCAACUCAACUCGCCGUGUUUGGAGGAGGAGGAAUGCUGCCUAUGACCCCAAGAACACCAUCCCCACCGUCAAACAUGGAGGUGGAAACAUUAUGGUUUGGGGGUGUUUUUCUGCUAAGGGGACAGGACAACUUCACCGCAUCAAAGGGACGAUGGACGGGGCCAUGUACCGUCAAAUCUUGGGUGAGAACCUCCUUCCCUCAGCCAGGGCAUUGAAAAUGGGUCGUGGAUGGGUAUUCCAGCAUGAAAAUGACCCAAAACACACGGCCAAAGCAACAAAGGAGUGGCUCAAGAAGAAGCAUGUUAAGAUCCUGGAGUGGCCUAGCCAGUCUCCAGACCUUAAUCCCAUAGAAAAUCUGUGGAGGGAGCUGAAGGUUCGAGUUGCCAAACGUCAGGCUCGAAUCGAAACCUUAAUGACUUGGAGAAGAUCUGCAAAGAGGAGUAGGACAAAAUCCCUCCUGAGAUGUGUGCAAACCUGGUGGCCAACUACAAGAAACGUCUGACCUCUGUGAUUGCCAACAAGGGUUUUGGCACCAAGUACUAAGUCAUGUUUUGCAGAGGGGUCAAAUACUUAUUUCCCUCAUUAAAAUGCAAGUCAAUGUGUAACAUUUUGACAUGCGUUUUUCUGGAUUUUUUUGUUGUUAUUCUGUCUCUCACUGUUCAAAUAAACCUACCAUUAAAAUUAUAGACUGAUCAUGUCUUUGUCAGUGGGCAAACAUACAAAAUCAGCAGGGGAUCAAAUACUUUUUUCCCUCACUGUACAUGUUUCAAGCAGACCACCAUAGUACCUGUGCCCAAGAAAGCGAAGGUAACCUGCCUAAAUGACUACCGCCCCAUGGCACUCACGUCGGUUGUCAUGAAGUGCUUUGAAAGGCUGGUCAUGGCUCACAUCAACACCAUCAUCCCACUCCAAUUCGCAUACCGCCCCAACAGAUCCACAGAUGACGCAAUCUCAAUCGCACUCCACACUGCCCUUUCCCACCUGGACAAAAGGAACACCUAUGUGAGAAUGCUGUUCAUCGAAUACAGCUCAGCGUUCAACACCAUAGUGCCCAGAAAGCUCAUCACUAAGCUAAGGACCCUGGGACUAAACACCUCCCUCUGCAACUGGAUCCCGGACUUCCUGACGGGCUGCCCCCAGGUGGUAAGGGUAGGCAACAACACAUCUGCCACGCUGAUCCUCAACACGGGGGCCCCUCAGGGGUGCAUACUUAGUCCACUCCUGUACUCCCUGUUCACCCACCACUGCGUGGCCAAGAACGACUCCAACACCAUCAUUAAGUUUGCUGACGACACAACAGUGGUAGGCCUGAUCACCGACAACGAUGAGACAGCCUAUAGGGAGGAGGUCAGAGACCUGGCAGUGUGGUGUCAGGACAACAACCUCUCCCUCAGCUUGAGCAAGAUAAAAGAGCUGAUCCUGCACUACAGGAAAAGGAGGGCCGAACACGCCCCCAUUCACAUCGACAGGGCUGUAGUGGAGCGGGUCCAGAGUUCCUUGGUGUCCACAUCACCAACAAAUGAUCAUGGUCCAAACACACCAAGACAGUCGUGAAGAGGGCACGACAACACCUUAUCCCACUUAGGAGACUGAAAAUAUUUGGCAUGGGGUCCCCAGAUCCUCAAAAGGUUUUACAGCUGCACCAUCGAGAGCAUCCUGACCAGUUGCAUCACCACCUGGUAUGGCAACUGCUCUGCGCUACCGAGGGUAGUGCGUAUGGCCCAGUACGUCACUGGGACCAAGCUUCCUGCCAUCCAGGACCUGUAUACUAGGUGGUGUAAGAGGAAGGCCCAAAAAAUUGUCAAAGACUCCAGUCACCCAAAUCAUAGACUGUUCUCUCUGCUACCGCACGGUAAGCAGUACCGGAGCGCCAUGUCUAGGUCCAAAAGGCUCCUUAACAGCUUGUACCCCCAAGCCAUAAGACUGCUGAACAAUUAAUCAAAUGGCAACCCGGACUAUUUACAUUGCUGCUACUUGCUGUUUAUUAUCUACUUUACCCCUACCUACAUGUACAAAUUACCUCGACUAACCUGUAACCCCGCACAUUGACUCGGUACUGGUACCCCAUGUAUAUAUCCUCGUUAUUUUUGUGUUACUUUUUAUUGAAUUUUUUACUUUAGUUUAUUUAGUAAAUAUUUUCUUAACUCUAUUUCUUGAACUGCAUUGUUGGUUAAGGGCUUGUAAUCAUUUAAUGGUAAGGUCUACACCUGUUGUAUUCGGAGCAUGUGACAAAUAAAAAAUUGAUUUGAAAUGUAUAGAAUUGCAGGAAAUUAACAUAUAUUUUUUAUAUUCUCUGUCACGAGGGGGACUCGCAAGGGGGGGGGGGGGAUAACAUAAUUGUUGGUUGUUGAAGUUUGUGAUGGUAUUUCCUCCUCAGGUUUAUCCUGGAUGAUUCUGCCAUGUAUCUCUCUGAUAAGUGUGAAAGUGACGUAGUGGACCUGAGACGAGGUAUGACACAUUAUUAACUAUACCGUGUGUGUACAUCUACGUCUGAGUGUGUUUGCAUUUCUAACUCUGUCUCUCUCUCUCUCUCAGACUAUGUGUGUGUUCUGGACAUUGAUCUGCUGGAGCUGGCUGUCACCACAUGGAAAGGCAGUGAUACAGGGAAACUGGUAAGUUCUUAGCCUGACAAUCUUAUGUGAUUACACAUCUGUCUGUGUGUUUGAACUUGAGAGACUGUCGGUCUCAAAUCUACGGUCUCGUCCUUUCUUCUCCUCGACGGAGAAGGGCGACAUCUUACGACUUCCAACCCAACUUUGCUAUUUAGUGACUUUUAUUUUGUUUAUCUUUUUCUGAACAAAAAGUUCAUACUAUUAUCACAUAUAAAAUCAAAUGUUAUUGUUCACAUACACGUAUUAAGCAGAUGAUAUUGCGGGUGUAGCGAAAUGCUUGUGCGCACUUGUGGACAUCAGAUCAACAGUUACUAACCUCGAUUUCAACAGUUACUAACCUCAAUUUCAACAGUUACUAACCUCGAUUUCAACAGUUACUAACCUAGAUUUCGACUUCAACUACGACUUCAACUCCCACAGCUGUUCCACUGUUCAUACCAGACCCUAUUCCUUGGGCUACCAAAACGACGCAGGCGUCCUGGUAAAAUUGAGGUGACGAGAGAACCGAAUGGCGCUCCCCUCCAUUCUGUUGGCAAAUAUCCAGUCACUCAAGAAUAAGAUGGAUGAGCUUCGUUCAACAGUCUCCUAUCAGAGAGACUUGAAAAGCUGCAAUAUUAUGUCUUACUGAAACGUGGCUGGAUGAUGACUAUUCAUGUAGUACUCUGUGGAUUCUCCAUGCAGCGGCAGGAUUGGACGGCAGCUUUGGGGAAGUCGAAAGGAGUGUUUUUUUCAUAAAUAACAACUGGUGUGCUGCUUCAAGUGUGAAGGAUAUCUCAAGCUUUUGCUCACCUGAUAUAGAUUACCUCAUGGUAAACUGCAGACCCUUUUAUCUACCAAGAGAGUUCUCAUUCGUAAUUAUCACGGCUGUCUACAUCCCUCCACAAGCCAACACCACUCUGGCACUCAACGAACUGUGUGGGUCCAUAGACUAACAAGAAACCGCUCACCCAGAGGCAGCGUUUCUGGUGGGCGGAGACUUUAACGCAGGGAGACACAAAAUCGUCCUACCUCACUUCUACCAACAUGUCUCCUGCGCCACUAGGGGCGUUAAAAUCCAGUUUUAUUCUACCCACAGAAACACAUACAUGGCCCUCCCUCGUCAUCCCUUUGGCAAAUCUGACCAUGACUCCAUUCAAAUCAAAUCAAAUGUUAUUGGUCACAUACACAUAUUUAGCCGAUGUUAUUGCGAGUGUAGCGAAAUGCUUGUGUUUCUAGCUCCAGCAGUGCAGAAAUAUCUAACAAUUAACAACAAUACACACAAAUCUAAAAAUAAAAGAAUGGAAUUAAGAAAUAUAUAAAUAUUAGGGAAUUAAGAAAUAUAUAAAUAUUAGGACGAGUAAUGUCGGAGUGGCAUAGACUAAAAUACAGUAGAAUAGAAUACAGUAUAUACAUAUGAGAUGGGUAAAGCAAAAAUAUGUAAACAUUAUUAAGUGACUAGUGUUCAUUAUUAAAGUGGCCAGUGAUUCCAAGUCUAUAUAUAGAGGGCAGCAGCCUCUAAGGUGCAGGGUUGCGUAACCGGGUGGAAGCCGCCUAGUGAUGUACCUGUACUGACCUCGCCUUCUGGAUGAUAGCGGGGUGAACAGGCAGUGACUUGGGUGGUUGUUUUCCUUGAUGAUCAUUUUGGCCUUCCUGUGACAUCGGGUGCUAUAGGUGUCCUGGAGGGCAGGUAGUUUGCCCCCGGUGAUGCAUUGGGCAGACCGCACCACCCUCUGGAGAGCCCUGCGGUUGCAGGCGGUGCAUUUGCUGUACCAGGCGGUGAUUCAGCCCGACAGGAUGCUCUCAAUUGUGCAUCUGUAAAAGUUUUUGGGUUUUAGGUGCCAAGCCAAAUUUCUUCAGCCACCUGAGGUUGAAGAGGCGCUGUUGCGCUUUCUUCACCACACUGUCUGUGUGGGUGGACCAUUUCAGAUCAUCAAUGAUGUGUACGCUGAGGUAUUUGAAGCUUUCCACCUUCUCCACUGUGGUUCCUUCGAUGUGGAUAGGGGCGUGCUCCCUCUGCUGUCUCCUGAAGUCCACAAUCAGCUCCUUUGUUUUGUUGACGUUGAGUGAGAGGUUAUUUUCCUGGCACCACACUCCCAGGGCCCUCACCACCUCCCUGUAGGCUGUCUCGUCAUUGUUGGUAAUCAGGCCUACUACUGUUCUGUUGUCUGCAAACUUGAUUGAGUUGGAGGCGUGCGUGGCCACGCAGUCAUGGGUGAACAGGGAGUACAGGAGGAGGCUGAGCACACACCCUUGUGGGGCCCCAGUGUUGAGAAUCAGCGAAGUGGAGGUGUUGUUUCCUACCUUCAACACCUGGGAGCGGCCCGUCAGGAAGUCCAGGACCCAGUUGCACAGGGCGGGGUUCAGACCCAGGGCCCCGAGCUUAAUGAUGAGCUUGGAGGGUACUAUGGUGUUGAAUGCUGAGCUAUAGUCAAUGAACAGCAUCUUACAUAGGUAUUCCUCUUGUCCAGAUGGGAUAGGGCAGUGUGCAGUGCGAUGGCGAUUGUGUCAUCUGUGGAUCUAUUGGGGCGGUAAGCAAAUUGAAGUAGGUCUAGGGUGUCACGUAAGGUAGAGGUGAUAUGAUCAUUAACUAGCCUCUCAAAGCACUUCAUGAUGACAGAAGUGAGUGCUACGGGGCGAUAGUCAUUUAGUUCAGUUACCUUUUCUUUCUUGGGUACAGGAACAGUGGUGCACAUGUUGAAGCAAGUGGGGACAGCAGACUGGGAUUGAAUAUGUCCGUAAACACUCCAGCCAGCUGGUCUGCGCAUGCUCUGAGGACGCGGCUAGGGAUGCUGUCUGGGCCGGCAGCCUUGCGAGGGUUAACACGCUUAAAUGUCUUACUCACGUCAGCCAUGGAGAAGGAGAGCCCACAGUCCUUGGUAGCGUGCCGCGUCGGUGGCACUGUGUUAUCCUCAAAGCAGGCGAAGAGGUGUUUAGCUUGUCCGGAAGCAAGAUGUCGGUGUCCGCGACGUGGCUGGUUUUCCCUUUGUAGUCCGUGAUUGUCUGUAGACCCUGCCACUUACGUCUCGUGUCUGAGCCGUUGAAUUGCGACUCCACUUUGUCUCUGUACUGACGUUUUGCCUGUUUGAUUGCCUUACAGAGGGAAUAGCUACACUGUUUGUAUUCGGCCAUAUUCCCAGUCACCUUGCCAUGGUUAAAUGCGGUGGUUUGCGCUUUCAGUUUUGCGCGAAUGCUGCCAUCUAUCCAUGGUUUCUGGUUUGGGUAGGUUUUAAUAGUCACUGUGGGUACAACAUCUCCUAUACACUUCCUGAUGAACUCAGACACCGUAUCCGUGUAUUCGUUGAUGUUAUUCUCAGAGGCUACCCGGAACAUAUCCCAUUCCGCGUGAUCAAAACAAUCAGAUUGGUCAGACCAGCGUUGAAUAGUCCAUAGCACGGGUAAUGCCAAGAGUAUGCAAAGCUGUCAUCAAGGCAAAGGGUGGCUAUUUGAAGAAUCUCAAAUCUCAAAUAUAUUUUGAUUUGUUUAACACCUUUUUUGGUUACUACAUGAUUCCAUAUGUGUUAUUUCAUAGUUUUGAUGUAUUCACUAUUAUUCUACAAUUUAAAAUAGUAGAAAUAAAGAAAAACCCUUUAAUGAGUAGGUGUGUCCAAACAUUUGACCGUGUGUGUGCGCUACCAGUCAAAAGUUGGACACACCUACUCAUUCAAGGGUUUUUCUUUAUUUUUACAAUUUAUUUAUUUUAUUUCACCUUUAUUUAACCAGGUAAGCCAGUUGAGAACAAGUUCUCAUUUACAACUGCGACCUGGCCAAGAUAAAGCAAAGCAGUGCAAUUAAAAACAACAACACAGAGUUACAUAUGGGGUAAACAAAACAAAGUCAAAAAUACAUCAGAAAAUAUAUAUACAGUGUGUGCGAAUGUAGUAAGUUAUGGAGGUAAGGCAACAAAUAAAUAGGCCAUAGUGCAAAAAUAGUUACAAUUUCGUAAUUAACACUGGAAUGAUAGAUGUGCAAAAGAUGAUGUGGAAAUAGAGAUUGGGGUGCAAAUUAGCAAAAUAAAUAACAAUAUGGGGAUGAGGUAGUUGGGUGGGCUAAUUUCAGAAUGGCUGUGUACAGGUGCAGUGAUCGGUAAGUUGCUCUGACAACUGACGCUUAAAGUUAGUGAGGGAGAUAAGUGUCUCCAGCUUCAGAGAUUUUUGCAGUUCGUUCCAGUCAUUGGCAGUAGAGAACUGGAAGGAAUGGCGGCCAAAGGAGGUGUAGGCUUUGGGGAUGACCAGUGAGAUAUACCUGCUGGAGCGCAGACUACGGGUGGGUGUUGCUAUGGUGACCAGUGAGCUAAGAUAAGACAGGGAUUUGCCUAGCAGUGAUUUAUAGAUGACCUGGAGCCAGUGGGUUUGGCGACGAAUAUGUAGUGAGGGCCAGCCAACAAGAGCGUACAGGUCACAAUGGUGGGUAGUAUAUGGGGCUUUGGUGACAAAAUGGAUGGCACUGUGAUAGACUACAUCCAAUUUGCUGAGUAGAGUGUUGGAGACUAUUUUGUAAAUGUCAUCGCCGAAGUCAAGGAUCGGUAGGAUAGUCAGUUUUACGAGGGCAUGUUUGGCAGCACGAGUGAAGGAGGCUUUGUUGCGAAAUAGGAAGCUGAUUCUAGAUCUAACUUUUGAUUGGAGAUGCUUAAUGUGAGUCUGGAAGGAGAGUUUACAGUCUAACCAGACACCUAGGUAUUUGUAGUUGUCCACAUACUCUAGGUCACACCCGCCGAGCGUAGUGAUUCUAGUCGGGUGGGCGGGUGCAAGCAGCGUUCGGUUGAAGAGCAUGCAUUUAGUUUUACUAGUGUUUAAGAGCAGUUGGAGGCUACGGGAGGAGUGUUGUAUGGCGUUGAAGCUCGUUUGGAGGUUUGUUAACAUAGUGUCCAAUGAAGGGCAGAUGUAUACAAAAUGGUGUUGUCCGCAUAGAGGUGGAUCCGAGCGUCACCAGCAGCAAGAGCGACAUCAUUGAUAUACACAGAGAAUAGAGUCGGCCCGAGAAUUGAACCCUGUGGCACCCCCAUAGAGACGGCCAGAGGUCCAGACAACAGGCCCUCCGAUUUGACACAUUGAACUCUAUCUGAGAAGUAGUUGGUGAACCAGGCGAGGCAGUCAUUAGAGAAACUAAGGCUAUUUAGUCUGCCAAUAAGAAUGCGGUGGUUGACAGAGUCGAAAGCCUUGGCCAGGUCGAUGAAGACGGCUGCGCAGUACUGUCUUUUAUCGCUCGCGGUUAUAAUAUCGUUUAGGACCUUGAGCGUGGCUGAGGUGCACCCACGACCAGCUCGGAAACCGGAUUGCAUAGCGGAGAAGGUACGGUGGGAUUCGAAAUGGUCGGUGAUCUGUUUUUUAACAAUGGGGGAUAGUAGAUUGACAUAGGCUAGUGCUUUUGCUGUUCGUUAGGCCUACUCAUCUUGUUGGCUGACGUAAGUAGAUGUGGACAGUUCUUCCUAUGUCUUCAAUAUGCACCUCAGAAUUGGAUAAGGACACCUGCAGUUGCGUCCCCGAUGUCUCUGUCUUCAUUUGUAGCCUGUGAGAAAGACCCGAUCAUGUGACGGAGAGCCAUGUAAGUGAGAGUCGCUUCAGGUGUAUUACGGCCACACAAAGGGGAUGCCGCCGUGAAAUUCGAGGCAUUAUCAAGUACUUGUCAAAUUGUGAAUGAGAGACUAUUGGAGUGUGUACAGCCUGCGUUAAAAACAAAGCAGAGCUCAUGCCUUUCAAGCAACUUUUUUCAAAUCAUCAUUAGUCUCAUCAUGCAGCCUUACAAUGUAUUAAAAAUCAAAACAUAUAGCCCAAUGUUUGUAGAACAACUAAAGUUACAUUAACUCUAAAUUAAGCAUAUAGGAAUACCUAUUUCUUUGUUAACCGCUCAACACAGAAUAGCCGCAUGUGCGCACUCUCUCAAAUCGUUUGGAGAAAAUAUUUAUAUUUUAUUCAGCUUUGUUCAAUUGUGUUCUUCAUACUAUAAAAUAAUGCCACGGAAUUAUAAGCAAAUCUUGUCUGCUAAAUGAACUAGUGUAGCCCACAGCCAUUUGGCAUAGCCACAUAAGGACAACUCAGAGUAUGCUAUUAUUUUCUUCUGAAAUAGACUACAUUUUUUUCAUAUCAUGCUUCUUUAGACCUGUCUAAAAUAAAUAAUGGAUUAAUUGUGACAGUGUAGGCUAUAUUACAUGGAUUAAUUAUACUUUUUUAAAUGGCUUGUAGGCUAUGUGUGGAAGCCAGGAGAUGCUAAUUAAUGUUAAUUAACGGUCAAUUACCGUUAUUUGCUUGACAAUCACCGGCUGACAAAAUGUCGUGACAGCCACAGCCCUAGUCAUGACACACAUCAACACUAUCAUCCCAGACACCCUGGACCCACUCCAAUUCACAUCCCAGACACCCUAGACCCACUCCAAUUCACAUCCCAGACACCCUAGACCCACUCCAAUUCACAUCCCAGACACCCUAGACCCACUCCAAUUCACAUCCCAGACACCCUAGACCCACUCCAAUUCACAUCCCAGACACCCUAGACCCACUCCAAUUCGCAUCCCAGACACCCUAGACCCACUCCAAUUCGCAUCCCAGACACCCUAGACCCACUCCAAUUCGCAUCCCAGACACCCUAGACCCACUCCAAUUCACAUCCCAGACACCCUAGACCCACUCCAAUUCACAUCCCAGACACCCUAGACCCACUCCAAUUCACAUCCCAGACACCCUAGACCCACUCCAAUUCACAUCCCAGACACCCUAGACCCACUCCAAUUCACAUCCCAGACACCCUAGACCCACUCCAAUUCACAUCCCAGACACCCUAGACCCACUCCAAUUCACAUCCCAGACACCCUAGACCCACUCCAAUUCGCAUCCCAGACACCCUAGACCCACUCCAAUUCGCAUCCCAGACACCCUAGACCCACUCCAAUUCGCAUCCCAGACACCCUAGACCCACUCCAAUUCGCAUCCCAGACACCCUAGACCCACUCCAAUUCACAUCCCAGACACCCUAGACCCACUCCAAUUCACAUCCCCAGGACACCCUAGACCCACUCCAAUUCACAUCCCAGGACACCGGACCAACUCCGAUGUCACAUCCCAGACACCCAUAGACCCACUCCAAUUAGCAUCCCAGACACCUAGACCCACUCCAAUCUCGCAUCCCAGACACCCUAGACCCACUCCAAUUCGCAUCCCAGGACAACCUAGACCCCUCCAAUAUCGCAUCCCAGACACCCUAGACCCACUCCACUUCGCAUACAGCCCCAAACAGAUCCCAGAUGAUGCAAUCUCAAUUGCACUCACACUCCCUCUCCCACUCGACAAGGUUGCGGAAAUAACUAUGUGAGAUGUUGUAAAUAGACUACAGCUCAGCGUUCAACACCAUAGUCCCCUCCAAGCUCAUCACCAAGCUAGGGACCCUGGAAACCUGGAACUGAACCCCUCCCUCUGCAACUGGAUCCUGGACUUCCUGAUGGGCAACAACACCUACGCCACGCUGACCCUCAACACGGGGGCCCUUUGGGUGUGUUCUUAGUCCCCUUCUGUACUCCCUGUUCACCCAUGACUACGUAGUUACGCACAACUCCAACACCAUCAUCAAGUUUGCUGACAACACAAAGGUGCUAGGCCUGACCACCGACGGCGAUGAGACUGCCUACAGGGAGGAGGUCAGAGACUUAGCAGUGCUGCCAGUGCAACAACCUCUACCUCAACGUCAGUAAGACCAAGGAGCUGAUCGUGGACUACAGGAAAAAGACGGGGCUGUUGUGGAGCGGGUCGAGAGCUUAAGUUCCUUGGCGUCCACAUCACUAAUAACUUAACAUGGUCCACACUCACCAGCACAUUCGUGAAGAGGGCACGGCAGCGCCUUAUCCCCCUGGAGGCUGAAAAUAUUUGGUAUGGGCCCUCGGAUCUUCAAAAACUUCUACAGCUGCACCAUCGACAGCAUCUUGACAGGCUGAAUCACCACUUGGUAUGGCAAAUGCACCAGCCCUUGACUGCAAAGAGUUACAGAGGGAAGCUCCCUGCCAUCCGACACAACACAAAUACACAUACAUACACAUUACACACACACACACACACACACACACACACACUUUUACAUUCAUAAUUUGCUGCUGAUGCUCUGUUCUUAACUUACUCUUAUUAUUAUCUAUCCUGAUGCCUAGUCACUUUACCCUGCCUUCAUGUACAUAUCUACCUCAAAUACCUUAUUAUUAUCUAUCCUGAUGCCUAGUCACUUUACCCUGCCUUCAUGUACAUAUCUACCUCAAAUACCUUAUUAUUAUCUAUCCUGAUGCCUAGUCACUUUACCCUGCCUUCAUGUACAUAUCUACCUCAAAUACCUUAUUAUUAUCUAUCCUGAUGCCUAGUCACUUUACCCUGCCUUCAUGUACAUAUCUACCUUAAAUACCUUAUUAUUAUCUAUCCUGAUGCCUAGUCACUUUACCCUGCCUUCAUGUACAUAUCUACCUUAAAUACCUUAUUAUUAUCUAUCCUGAUGCCUAGUCACUUUACCCUGCCUUCAUGUACAUAUCUACCUUAAAUACCUUGUACCGCUGCACAUUGAUCUGGGACUGGUACUCCCUGUAUAUAGCUCCAUUCUUGUGUAUUUUAUUUUAUUCCUCAUGUUACUAUUUUAUUUGUAUCAUUAUUUUUAAACUGCAUUGUUGGGAAGGGCCUGUAAACUGUGGCGUAAAGUACUUAAGUAAAAAUACUUUAAAGUUUUUUUGGUAUCUGAACUAUAAUUUACUGUUUAUAUUUUGGACAACUUUUACUUUUACUACAGUACAUUGCUAAAGAAAAGAAUGUACUUUCUACUCCAUACAUUUUCCCUGACACCCAAAAGUACUCGAUACAUUUUGAAUGCUUAGCAGGACAGGAAAAUGGUCCAAUUCACGCACUUAUUACUGCCUCUGAUCUGGAGGACUCAAUAAACACAAAUGCUUUGUUUGUUAAAAAAAAUUAAUAAAAGUGUGCCGUCUGGUUUGCUUAAUAUAGGCAAUUUGAAAUUAUUAAUACUCUUACUUUUCAUACUUAAGUAUAUUUAAAACAAAAUACUUUUAGACUUUUACUCAAGGAGUAUUUUACUGGGUGACUUUCUCUUUUACUUGAGUCAUCUUCUGUUAAGGUAUCUUUACUUUUACUCAAGUAUGACAAUUGGGUACUUUUUCCACCACUGCCUGUAAGCAAGCAUUUCACGGUAAAGUGUACACCAGUUGUGUUUGGUGCAUGUGACAUAACAUUUUAUUUGAUUUCUAUUCCAAUCCCCACACCUCCUCUCUGUCUCUUCCCCCAGUCCCAGCCUCUGUUUGAGUUGCGUUGCUCCAACAACAUGGUCCACCUCCACACCUGUGCUGACUCCUGUGCUGCCCUGGUCAACAUGCUGCAGUACCUGGUGUCCCAGGGAGACCUGCACCCGCCCCCCCGACACACAUCACCCACUGAGAUCGCUGGACAGAAACUGCCGGUAAGACACAGGCCAGUAGACCAAUAGUAAACUAGUAUACACUACCUUGUUUAAGGUCUGGACAGAUUUUGUUUGUUCGGCUAAACGUUGUGUGAGAACAACUGAAGAAAAAUGAAACUGUGGAGCGACAGGAAAGGAGCCUAACUGAACCUCAACUAUCUGUCUGUGACUUGUUUUAGUUGUCAGAAAGUCCCGCCUCCUUGCCACCCUGCCCUCCAGCUGAGACUGCUGAGAUCAACCAGUACGAUCUCCUUGAUGCUUUGAUUGACACCGAGAGGAGCCUUCGAGAUGAGGAUAUGGAUUCAGGUAAAACGGGGGAAUUAAAUGAUAGUGUAGUUCGAUAUCUCCCCCUAUAAAAUCCUUCUGUACAUUUGAUAGAUGAAAUGGAUGGCCAUUAGCUAUUCCUGUGUGUAUUUCCUAUUUCUAAUGCAUAUUACUUCUAAAUUAACAUUUCUAUGUCCAGGAUCUCCCACAGUCCCGCGGGGCUCACCUGUCUCUGUCUACCUGUUUCCUGGGGAGGCCCGUAAGCUCCGCCCACCAGUUGUCAUUGAGGGGGAGGAGUCAGAGCUUGACAAACUGGUGGUGACAGCCACUGAGGUGCAGAUGGAUAUGAUGUCAGAGGAGGGCUCUGAGGGUUCAGAGGACAACGAGGACUUCUGUAUCCUAGAGGCUCCUGGGAUGGGUAUACCUGUGAGUCUCUGUUCUCUAUUUCAUUAUCUCUCUCUCUACUCUCCCUCUAUACUCUCUCUCCUGCUAUACUCUCUCUACUCUCCCUUUAUACUCUCUCUCUACUCUCCCUCUCUACUCUCCCUCUGUAGUCUCUCUCCCGCUCUACUCUCUCUACUCUCUCUCUCCUUCUAUACUCUAUACUCUCUCCCUCUCUAUACUCUCUUUAUAUAUACACUACUGUUCAGCAAUUCUGGCUUUUUAUUUGCAGCUCUGCCUAGAAGGUCAGCAUCCCGGAGUCGCCUCUUCACUGUUGACGUUGAGUCUGGUGUUUUGCGGGUACUAUUUAAUGAGGCUGCCAGUUGAGGACCUGUGAGACACCUGUUUCUCAAACUAGACACUAAUGUAUUUGUCCUCUUGCUCAGUUGUGCACCGGGGCCUCCCUACUCCUCUUUCUAUUCUUGUUAGAGACAGUUUGCGCUGUUCUGUGAAGGGAGUAGUACGCAGCGUUGUACGAGAUCUUCAGUUUCUUGGCAAUUUCUCGCAUGGAAUAGCCUUCAUUUCCCAGAACAAGAAUAGACUGACGAGUUUCAGAAGAAAGUUAUUUGUUUCUGGCCAUUUUGAGCCUGUAAUCGAACCCACAAUUGUUGAUGCUCCAGAUACUCAACUAGUCUCAAGAAGGCCAGUUUUAUUGCUUCUUUAAUCAGCACAACAGUUUUCAGCUGUGCUAACAUAAUUGCUAAGGGGUUUUCUAAUGAUCAAUUAGCCUUUUAAAAUGAUAAACUUGGAUUAGCAAACACAACGUGCCAUUGGAACACAGGACUGAUGGUUGCUGAUAAUGGGCCUCUGUACGCCUAUGUAGAUAUUCCAUUAAAAAUCAGUAGUUUCCAGCUACAAUAGCCAUUUACAACAUUAACAACGUCUACACUGUAUUUCUGAUCAAUUUGAUGUUAUUUUAAUGGACAAAAAAAUUGCUUUUCUUUCGAAAACAAGGACAUUUCUAAGUGACCCCAAACUUUUGAACAGUUGUAUGUGUAUAUAUACACAGUGGGGGAAAAAAGUAUUUAGUCAGCCACCAAUUGUGCAAGUUCUCCCACUUAAAAAGAUGAGAGAGGCCUGUCAUUUUCAUCAUAGGUACACGUCAACUAUGACGGACAAAUUGAGAAAAAGAAAUCCAGAAAAUCACAUUGUAGGAUUUUUUAUGAAUUUAUUUGCAAAUUAUGGUGGAAAAUAAGUAUUUGGUCACCUACAAACAAGCAAGAUUUCUGGCUCUCACAGACCUGUAACUUCUUCUUUAAGAGGCUCCUCUGUCCUCCACUCAUUACCUGUAUUAAUGGCACCUGUUUGAACUUGUUAUCAGUAUAAAAGACACCUGUCCACAACCUCAAACAGUCACACUCCAAACUCCACUAUGGCCAAGACCAAAGAGCUGUCAAAGGACACCAGAAACAAAAUUGUAGACCUACACCAGGCUGGGAAGACUGAAUCUGCAAUAGGUAAGCAGCUUGGUUUGAAGAAAUCAACUGUGGGAGCAAUUAUUAGGAAAUGGAAGACAUACAAGACCACUGAUAAUCUCCCUCGAUCUGGGGCUCCACGCAAGAUCUCACCCCGUGGGGUCAAAAUGAUCACAAGAACGGUGAGCAAAAAUCCCAGAACCACACGGGGGGACCUAGUGAAUGACCUGCAGAGAGCUGGGACCAAAGUAACAAAGCCUACCAUCAGUAACACACUACGCCGCCAGGGACUCAAAUCCUGCAGUGCCAGACGUGUCCCCCUGCUUAAGCCAGUACAUGUCCAGGCCCGUCUGAAGUUUGCUAGAGUGCAUUUGGAUGAUCCAGAAGAGGAUUGGGAGAAUGUCAUAUGGUCAGAUGAAACCAAAAUAGAACUUUUUGGUAAAAACUCAACUCGUUGUGUUUGGAGGACAAAGAAUGCUGAGUUGCAUCCAAAGAACACCAUACCUACUGUGAAGCAUGGGGGUGGAAACAUCAUGCUUUGGGGCUGUUUUUCUGCAAAGGGACCAGGACGACUGAUCCGUGUAAAGGAAAGAAUGAAUGGGGCCAUGUAUCGUGAGAUUUUGAGUGAAAACCUCCUUCCAUCAGCAAGGGCAUUGAAGAUGAAACGGGGCUGGGUCUUUCAGCAUGACAAUGAUCCCAAACACACCGCCCGGGCAACGAAGGAGUGGCUUCGUAAGAAGCAUUUCAAGGUCCUGGAGUGGCCUAGCCAGUCUCCAGAUCUCAACCCCAUAGAAAAUCUUUGGAGGGAGUUGAAAGUCUGUGUUGCCCAGCGACAGCCCCAAAACAUCACUGCUCUAGAGGAGAUCUGCAUGGAGGAAUGGGCCAAAAUACCAGCAACAGUGUGUGAAAACCUUGUGAAGACUUACAGAAAACGUUUGACCUGUGUCAUUGCCAACAAAGGGUAUAUAACAAAGUAUUGAGAAACUUUUGUUAUUGACCAAAUACUUAUUUUCCACCAUAAUUUACAAAUAGAUUCAUUAAAAAUCCUACAAUGUGAUUUUCUGGAGAAAAAAAAUCUCAUUUUGUCUGUCAUAGUUGACGUGUACCUAUGAUGAAAAUUACAGGCCUCUCAUCUUUUUAAGUGGGAGAACUUGCACAAUUGGUGGCUGACUAAAUACUUUUUUCCCCCACUGUGUAUAUAUAUAAUACUCUUUCUCUACUCUCUCUCCCGCUAUACUCUCUCUCCCGCUAUACUCUCUCUCCCUCUAUACUCUCUCUCCCUCUAUACUCUCUCUCCCUCUACUCUCUCUCAUAUAUAUAUAUAUAUAUAUAUAUAUAUAUAUAUAUAUAUAUAUAUAUAUAUAUAUAUAUAUAUACUCUGUCUCCCUCUAUACUCUCUCUCCCUCUAUGCUCUCUCUCUCUCCCUCUAUGCUCUCUCUCUCUCCCUCUAUGCUCGCUCUCUCUAUACUCUCUCUCUAUUCUCUCUCUCUAUAUAUAUACUCUCUCGCUAUACUCUCCCUCUAUACUCUCGCUCCCUCUAUACUCACUCUCUCGCUCCCUCUAUACUCUCUCUCUCGCUCUAUACUCUCUCUAUAUACUCUCUCUACAUAUACAGUGCCUUCGGAAAGUAUUCAGACCCCUUUACUUUUUCCACAUUUUGUUACAUUACAGCCUUAUUCUAAAAUGGAUUAAAUAAAUACAAAUCCUCAGCAAUCUACACACAAUACCCCACAAUGACAAAGCAAAAACAGGUUUUUAGAAAUUUUGAGCAAAUUAUUUACAUAAGUAUUCAGACCCUUUGCUAUGAGACUCGAAAUUAAGCUCGGGUCCUAUUACUCGCCGAUUAGUCGUAGUUCACAUGGAAUUUGAUUAUGUGACAUUAAGUACUAAACCUAUUCUGGUGUCCCAUGUUCAUUAAUUCACCCCCUCCCCAGCCCAGAGACGGGGAGCCCCUAGUGACGGUGCUAGCUGAGGGUCCUAUCAGGGUGAGGGAGGGCCACUUCUCCCGGCCGCGGGGCAGCUCUGACCUGCUGCGGGCCCCCAGCUGCUUCCCUGUCCCCCAGAGCAGGGUGGUGCUACGAGAGGUGUCUGUCGUCUGGCAUCUGUACGGAGGGAGAGACUUUGGGGGCAAGGCCAUGUCUACACACACGCAGCAUGGAAACAGGUCCAUAUACACAAAUGUACACACAACCCAGCAACAGGCACUUGAAUUUGGAAGAUUUCUCUCUUACUGAUCAUAAAGCUCCUUUCUCCCUCUCUCUCUUUCCCUCCCCCUCUUUCUCUAGGGGUCGCUCUGCCCCCUCUGGGAUGCGUGGGUCCCCGUCCCGCUCCGCUGCUCCGUCCCGGCCUCAGAACUCGUGGCGCUGGGCUGGAGGCGGCGGGCGUCAACACAACUUGCUCAUGGAGAUCCAGCUCACCAAGGUAGGUAGAGUGUAUAUACACUACAUGACCAAAAGUAUGGGACACCUGCUCAUCGAACAUUUCAUUCCAAAAUCAUGGGCAUUAAUAUGGAGUUGGUCCCCCCUUUGCUGCUAUAACAGCCUCCACUCUUCUGGGAAGGCUUUCCACUAGAUGUUGGAACAUUGCUGCGGGGACUUGCUUCCAUUCAGCCACAAGACCAUUAGUGAGGUCGGGCACUGAUGUUGGGCAAUUAGGCCUGGCUCGCAGUCGGUGUUACAAUUAAUCCCAAUGGUGUUUGUUGGGGUUGAGGUCAGGCCUCUGUGCAGGCCAGUCAAGUUCUUCCAAUACCGAUCUCGACAAAAGAUUUCUGUAUGGACCUCGCUUUGUGCACGGGGGCAUUGUCAUGCUCAAACAGGAAAGGGCCUUCCCCAAACAGUUGCCACAAAGUUGGAAGCACAGAAUCGUCUAGAAUGUCAGUUCAUCAAAUGCUGUAGCGUUAAGAUUUCCCUUCACUAGAACUAAGGGGCCUAGAAAAACAGCCCCAGACCAUUAUUCCUCCUCCACCAAACUUUACAGGUGGCACAAUGCAUUUGGGCAGGUAGCGUUCCCAGAUUCGUCCGUCGGACUGCCAGAUGGUGAAGCGUGAUUCAUCAAUCCAGAGAAUGCAUUUCCACUGCUCCAGAGUCCAAUGGCAGCGAGCUUUACACCACUCCAGCCAACGCUUGGCAUUGUGCAUGGUGAUCUUAGGCUUGUGUGUGGCUGCUCGUACAUGGACACCCAUUUCAUGAAGCUCCUGACGAACAGUUGUUGUGCAGACGUUGCUUCCAGAGGCAGUUUGGAACUCGGUAGUGAGUGUUGCAACCGAGGACAGAUUAUUUGUACGCGCUUCAGCACACAGCGGUCACGUUCUGUGAGCUUGUGUGGCCUACCACUUCACGGCUGAGCCGUUGUUGCUUCUAGACGUUUCCACUUCACAUUAACAGCAGUUACAGUUGACCGGGGCAGGUCUAGCAGGGCUGGAAUUUGAUGAACUGACUUGUUGGAAAGGUGGCAUCCUAUUAUUUUUCCCCUCAUCAACCUACACACAAUACCCCAUAAUGACAAAGCGAAAACAGGUUUUUAGAUUUCAUUGCAAAUUUAUAAAAAAUUAAAAACGGAAAUACCUUAUUUACAUAAGUAUUCAGACCCUUUGCUAUGAGACUUGAAAUUGAGCUCAAGUGCAUCCUGUUUCCAUUGAUCAUCCUUGAGAUGUUUCUACAACUUGAUUGGAGUCCCCCUGUGGUCAAUUCAAUUGAUUGGACAUUAUUUGGAAAGGCACACACCUGUCUAUAUAAAGUCACACAGUUGACAGUGCAUGUCAGAGUAAAAACCAAGCCAUGAGGUCGAAAUAAUUGUCCGUAGAGCUCCGAGACAGGAUUGUGUUGAGGCACAGAUCUGGGUGAAGGGUACUAAAAAAUGUCUGCAGCAUUGAAGGUUCCCAAGAACACAGUGGCCUCCAUCAUUCCUAAAUGGAAGAAGUGUCCUUACAGUACUCUAAAGAUAUUGUUUGCCUUUGAUUAUUUUCUCCGUACAAACUAGAAAGCUAAUUCAUUUUUCCCCCAUCAUAAGGAUAUGUUCAGUUCGAGUGUAGCAUAAAUGUCAACCAGUCCUUUUGUUAAUGUGGAGACAGCAAAAAGCUACAUAACCGGUACUAUGUGUUUACAACCAUGAGUUAAUUGUGUCAUUCCUGUUCCAGGUGAGCUUCCAGCACGAGUCCUACCCGGUGGUGGCGUCUGCGGCUGGGCCGGGUCAGGACGGAGAGGGGCCUGAGGUGGGGGUGGUGGGGGAGCAGCCUCUGUCCCGCCAGGUGUUCAUUGUUCAGGAGCUGGAGGUACGCGACCGCCUGGCCUCGUCCCAGCUUAACAAGUUCCUCUACCUGUAUACCAGCGAGAGCAUGCCCCGCAGAGCACACUCCAACAUGGUGAGAGGGGCUUUUUAUAGCCAUUUAUCAUAAUUUAUUUUCAUUGUGAAAGUCUGUUCUUAUUAAUGAUUCUCAUUUCCAGGGGAAUUAUAACGUUUUCUAUGAUAUUGGUUUGUUGUAAUCCUGUCUAAUAUGUUGUCCAUGUCUGUGUCUCCCAGUUAACAGUGAAGGCCCUGCAGGUGUGUCCAGACUCUGGUCUGGGUGGUCCAGAGUGUUGUUUAAGAGUCAGCCUCCUGCCCCUCCGACUCAACAUCGACCAGGAUGCCUUGUUCUUCCUGAAGGAUUUCUUCAGUAGUCUGGCUGCUGGAGUUAACCCCUACCUGCCUGUGGACCCUGCAGCUGAGGGUGAGCACCUUCACUGUGUUCUCUGUACUCUACAUAAUAAGUAGGGCCUGGGGGUUUUUUUCUGGCUCCGGUCACAUGGAUCAGGAAAGAAAUCAUACAUAGCAUACAUGGUGCUCUGUAUCAUGUAUCAUCUCCUCACCCACUUGAUACUUUCUCCUGUUUUCAUAAUAUUCUCUUUUCUCUCUGUCCUCUCACAGUGAAGACAGACCCUUCCCAGAAGCCCGCUGAGGAUGGGGUCAGUGGCGCUGAGACCACUGCUGGUCUGGGUCCUGACCUCACCGCUUCUGUAGAAACCACCUAUAGCGAGCAGAGCUCCUCAUCCGCUGGCUCCACCUCUUCCACUGAUCAGCCAAUCUACUUCCGGUAAUUAACUUCAUCCUCCCAAAGAGUAAAUCAACAGUCUAUUUUGAAUGUGUGGAAAUUAUUUCUACGUUGUCUUUCCUUCUCUUUCUAAGGGAGUUCCGUUUCACCUCUGAAGUUCCCAUCUGGCUGGACUACCAGGGCAAGCAUGUGGUCAUUGAGCAGGUGAAAGGACAAAGAACAUUUUAACUGCAAUGCUUUGUCAGUGAACUCAUCUCUGUGGUUAUAUUUUUGUUAUGUCACACACUUGACAUUUUCUUUGUGAUUGUUUCCUAGGGGACGUUUGCAGGGAUUCUGAUUGGUCUGGCCCAGCUGAAUUGCUCUGAGCUGAAGCUGAAGAGACUCUGCUGCCGACACGGGUACAACAACACUAACUCUGUGGGGUUUCUCUGUAGUCUGAAGCAAGUGUCUUUUUCAUAACGCUUUUCUCUAAUAUCUCUUCCUCCCAGACUUCUAGGAGUAGAUAAGGUGAUUCAGUACGCUGUCACUGAGUGGCUGACAGACAUCAGGAAGAACCAGCUGCCAGGCAUUCUGGGAGGUCUAGGCCCCAUGCACUCUGUAGUUCAGCUGUGUAAGUACAGGAAGUGACGUCACUUGUUUGGUGAUCUUUGUUUCUUGGCUUUUUUGCUAUUGUCCCUUUUAGUAGUUCCUGAGUUAUAACCAUAGUAAUAUAAUUGUUCUUUUGCAGUAUGGUUAUAGCUAGCAUACUCUCACAACCUCAUUUAGUGUUGAUCUCAUGAGUUUUUUGUGUGUGUAACUUUCUCUCUCUCUAGUCCAUGGAGUGAGGGACUUGUUCUGGAUGCCCAUAGAGCAGUACAGGCGGGACGGCCGCAUUAUCCGGGGUCUCCAGCGGGGGGCCGCGUCCUUCGGUACCUCCACUGCCUCUGCUGCUCUGGAGCUCAGCAACCGACUGGUGCAGGCCAUACAGGUACUACUGACCUCUAACCACAGACAGAUCAGCUGGAUACAGACGGUCUGUAAGUCACACAGCGGUAGAAUACCAAUCAUACAAGCAGCUCACAUAGACAUAGGUUGAAACAAUGCAUCCCAUGUACCACACAUGUUAAUACCACUAACCUUACAGUCACAUGUCCUAGAUCAGGGUUCUUCAAUUCCGGUCCUGGAGGGCCAAAACAGCUCUGUUUUUCAUCCUCUCCUUCUAAUCAGGGGCUAAUUCAGACCUGGGACACCAGGUGAGUGCAAUUAACUACCAGGUAGAAAUAAAAAACAGAAGUGUUUCGGCCCUCCAGGACUGGAAUUGAAGAACCCUGCCCUAGAUUGUGGCCAAAGGGUUAGCAUACCUAAACCAUGUAGGAAAGAACUGAAAGACUAGUAGCAACCGUAUGGGUAGAAGCCACUGGGACCAGUAAUACAGAUUCCUCCAUUACUAUGAUGUGCCUCACUCUCCUGAAGUGUUGUAAUAUUCCUGCUGUUUCUCCUCUAGGCCACAGCAGAGACGGUGUACGACAUCCUGUCCCCAACGCCCCCCCUGAACCGUUACAUCACAGAGGGCCGACCGCCCUCCAACCGGCCCCGCCGCGCCCACCAGCCUGCCGACCUCAGAGAGGGCGUGGCUAAGGCCUAUGACACCAUCAGAGAAGUACGUGUUCUACUGAUCAACAAAUCAAUCAAUAAAUGUUAAUUUAAGGCAACCAUUUUAGAAUAAUAGCAACAACAAAAGGCCUAGCACUUUCUUUCAUUUGAACACACAAACUUCUCUCACUCACCCCUCUGUUGUCUGUCUGUUUCCUAGGGCAUGAUGGACACAGCUCAGACGCUAUGUGACGUGGCGACUCGCGGGCAUGAGCAGAAAGGUCUGCCUGGUGCUGUGGGCGGAGUCCUGCGGCAGAUCCCGCCCACUGUGGUCCGUCCCCUAAUAGUGGCCUCUGAGGCAACAUCCAACCUACUUGGGGGCAUGCGGAACCAGAUCAAGCCAGAUGCACGGAAGGAGGACUUCUUAAAAUGGCGCUCCGAAGAAGGCCAAGAGUGA